AUGAAUUCAAUUCUUUCAAAUAUUUUUACUAUUAAGGACCGAUUGAAGUGUCGUCGUGAUGGUGCUUGUGAAAUAACAUUAGAAACGCGACGUCGUUGUAAAUCAUGUCGAUUAAAAAAAUGUUUUGCCGUUGGCAUGCGUAAAGAAUGGAUAUUAACUGAAGAAGAAAAACUUAAUAAAAAACAUCGUAUUGAAGAAAAUAGACGACUUCGUUUAACUCAUACGAAUGAAUCAUUAUUAUCAAAAGAUAAUUUUAAAGAAGCAAUAAAUUUAAGUGAAAAACAUGAUUUAGAUUUACAAAAUAUUGUACUUAACAAAAGUAAUAUAUAUUCAUCAAGGUCAACAUUGUUUAGACGAAAUAUAGAUUUUAUUGAAAAUGUUGUUACAGCUUUUAAUGAUGGUUUUAAAUUAGAUCCUACAAGUUAUGGUUGGUCAUAUCCAUUAGCAAAAAAAAUUACUGCUUUAUAUCAGAUACUGAAUACAAAAAAUACUACAGCAUUACGUCUUAUUAGUUUUUAUAAAAGAUUAUUGGAAUUUGAUGCUUUAAAUGAAAUUGAUAAAGUAAAUCUUGUAAAAAAUAAUUUACCUUUCAUUUUCUUUUUUCAUGCUUCUCUUGGAUAUGAUCCAUUUAAUGAUAUUUAUCAUGAAGGUAUUCCUUCAAAUGAUACUCUUCUGUAUGGCAGUGAUAUUCGUGAAGCACAUGGACAUGAUAUUCAUAUACGUUGUACUUUAAUAAUGCGUUCAUUACAUUCAAUUGUUCAACUAGAUAGACGAAUCAUGCAAUUAACAUUUGUUAUAUUACUUUUUUCAGAAGGCCUUUCAAAUUUGAUAAACUGUCAAGAACCAUGUUUAAAUAAUUAUCGACAAGUAUUUCAUGCACAAAAUACUUAUGUUGAACAAUUAUGGAUAUUUUUGGAACAACAUUAUGGAUUAACUCAAACUAUUAGAAUUUUCACAACACUAAUCAGUAAAUGUUUAUUAAUUCAAGCACUUUUUCGUGAUAUUCAACAAGAUAUUAAUGAAAAAAUAGAUAUAUGUCAAGUACCACCUAUCAUGCGGACUCUUAUGCAUCUCUCAUAA